AGUUAAUUGUAAUUUCAACUCAAACGACAAAGUGCAGAAUUGUAUUGUCGAGAUCAGUCGAAAUGGCAGAUCCACGUGAAAUAUUAAACUUGUUGGAUAUUUCAGAUGACGAAGAAGAAUUAGAAUUACCUGUAGUAAUUCCUCCUAUUUUACCUUACCCACAAUAUGAAGAACGAUAUGAACAUGCAGGAUAUGUACCAAUAACGAGUGAAAAACAUAUUUUAAGUUAUUUAUGGUUUCUUGGCCACGAAAGUGCAGGAUAUCGUGAUGUAGCGGAUCGAUUUGGUGUUACAAUAAGCACAUUACAUGUAAUCAUUACAAGAGUCACAAUAUUUUUAAUGCAACUUGCUCCACAAAUAAUAAGAUUUCCUACAUUAGAGGAGAAACAGGCAACAAUGACAUAUUUUCUACAGCGAAAAGGAUUUCCAGGAAUUAUUGGUGCUAUAGAUGGUACACACAUCAGACUUGACAAGCCAGAAGAGGAUCAUGAUUCUUAUAUUAACAGAAAACAAUAUUUUUCCAUACAUAUGCAAGGAACAGUUGACCAAAAUUUAAAAUUCUUAGAUGUUUUUAUUGGCUAUCCAGGAUCCGUACACGAUUCAAGAGUGUUUAGGGAAUCUCCUUUGUAUGAAUCUCUUCACCAAAUUUGUUUAGAUGGAUCUUACUUACUUGGAGAUAGUGCAUAUCCAUGUUUAGAUUAUUUAAUGGUACCAUAUAGAGAUACUGGACAUUUAACUCAAGCGCAAAGACAUUUCAAUCAAAAAUUAAGUUCAUGUCGUGUCAUAAUUGAGAAUGCAUUUGGUUGUUUGAAGCAACGCUUCAGACAAUUGUAUCAUUUCAAAUUGCGGGACAUUGUACGCAUGGUUCAAGUUAUACACGCUUGUUGCGUUUUGCAUAAUUUAGCACACGUAGACGACUUGGAGUUUUUAGAGCCUCCAGUUGAUGAUGAGUAUCCUGAUCCAGAAGCGAUUAUAAAUAAUGCUGAAAAUAAUAAUGAGAUAAUUCCUGGAAAUCAGCGUGGCCGUGAAUUGCGAGACGAGUUAUGCCGUCAAUUAUUUGUACGACAUCAUUAAGAAAGAUAAAUUUUCUUUUUCUUUUUUUGUUGUUCUCCAAUGUAUUUGAAGCAUUACCUGAUGUUCUUGUAAAAUAUAAUAUUUAUAAAUAAAAUAACAAUUUUUUUUCUAA